GGCGGUGUCCGUCAACAUGGCUUCCCCACCGCCGCUUCUGCCCAUGCAGGUGGCCAACUCGUCCCUCCUAGGCCAAGCGCUCCAGGCAGCUAACGAUAUGGGCGGCCUGUCGGCCUUGCAACUCGCCGUGCAGCAACAGCAGUUGCAACAGCAACAGCAAUUUCUACAUGCCGUGCAAGCGGCUCAUGCUCAAAACGCUGGGCACAAGAUGAUGUCGCCUACACCAUCUAAUGAGCAGGCCUUGACGCUCAACAAUCAAGGCGCCUCCCCACCUGGUGAUACCGAUUCAAGAGAUGAAGAGAAGACGGCCCUGGUUAACCUGAUGCCUCCCUCCAGCCUCGCCAGCCCGGUAUCCAUUCAACAGGGUGACCAGGCCGACCUCCACGCCAUGGUGCCGUCCUCCCAAAUGCAAACGCCGAUCUCUAGCCAGCUGUUGACGACCUCUACCUCGUCAGACAACGCCUACACCAUGCCGGCCACCGCUGCCGCCGCCCCUCUGCCGUCCAUCAACAUGCCGGCCGGCAUGAUGGCCGGGACCAAUCACGUUUCCAACCUCAACAUGGGCCUGGCGCCCCAUCUCAUUCAGCUCAACAACCCGCAGGCUUCAAUGCCGGUCCCACAAAUGGUCAUCCAGCCCGGAGGCCCAGCAGGGCAGGAGAUGGUGUCUCCUGAACAGAUGAUGGUCCAGGGUGUGGCAAAUAUCACGAACAACAACAACAUCGACAUGAUGAGUAACAUGCCGACUCAGUGCACGUCCUCCAGCACCAAGAGGAGAAACAGCAAGAGGCCGGUCCCCGACACCGAAAAGGACGAGAAAUACUUUGAGCGUCGAAGCCGAAACAACAUGGCGGCCAAACGAUCGCGAGACUCUCGUAAGCGGCGAGAGGAUCAGGUGUCCAUGCGAGCCAACUUUUUGCAGAAGGAGAACGACAUCUUGCGGGCCCAGCUGGCAACUUUGCGACAGGAGGCCAACUCCCUAAAACAGUUGUUGACCCAGCAACGGCCUAUAAUGCCUGCCCAAAUGUCCAUGCAAAUGCCCACCCAACUGAUGCCGAAAAAUAUGCCCGAAUGAUGACUUCUGCCAUGAAAGGAGAGAACAUCGGGCCUGAUGACCCUUUAAAUGGGGUGGCCAAACCACACGGGUCAUUUCAUUCCUGUCUCUCUCUCUCUUUCUCUCUUCGAUAUCAACGCCAUGCGUUUAUUUUCUAAUUGGGCAUUGUUGGUUUCUUGUGUAAUGUCUUUUAUAAAUCGUGGAUGUUUAUAAGUUCAUUCCAAGUAUCAAUAAAAUCAGGCGUUGUAAGGGC